AUUUUACAAAUAAUAAUAAUAAUGGAUUAUUUAACGAACGAAACGCUAGAAAUCGACGAAAUCAACCGUAAAAUCGUCGAAUUACAAUUGUCCGUAGAUAACACUAAAAAGGAAUUCGUGAAAUACACAGACAAUGUUUACAUUAAAUACAGUUCGAGUGGCCGCCCGAAGAAGAAUCGCCAACUCUACAAAACAGCGAAAACUUGCCAAGAGGAAUUGAACAAUUUACGGAAGGAUAUCGAAGAAUUCAACACAGCAAAUCUAAAUCGAGCCGAAGAAUCAAUAACCGAAAACUUACGCGAAUUAAACACCAUCAAUUUCACUCUAAAAGUCCUAUCGAACGUCCGCAGAAUUAACGAAAAACUCGACGAAUUCGACUCGCUUUUGACCGAAAAUCGAUUCUUAACUUGCAGACAAACUAUCAAAGCCUUGGAAAAUCUAAUUCAACAAAUCCCCGAUGAAGAAAAUUUACUCGUUUCAAACGAAUUCCGAGCAAUCGUCAACGAACGAAACACUUUACUAUCCAACAAAAUAAGAUGGAGCUUCCAAGAACACGUAAUAACUUGCAAAACCGACGAAACCAGCACAAUAAGAAUCAAUACAAAUGUACAAUCUUUACAAGAAGUCUUAUCCGCAAUGUUUUACGAGGAAUCCGAUACGUUUAGCGUAACUUCCUUCGCAAAGUUCUUAUGGAUUAACUUCUUUACUAUAAUCGUAGAUAACUCAACGGAGGUUAAUCGUAAAGAGAUCGACACUUUCGCUGAAUUGUCUAUUAAAAUAAUCGAUGCAAAUAAGAGACCCAAGUACACCGAGGUAUUCCAAAACAUCCAUCAAGUACUCCAGUAUUUAAUCGAGUACUUCAACUCCACGAGCAUCGAGUACAUCGGAGGGAUUAUACGAGACAAUUUAUCCGAAUUGAUCAUCAAAAAUUGCCUAUCGUACACGAUACCUUCGACUGUAGAGGAAUUGAGACACUACAACAAAGUAAUCGAAGAUGUUAAGGAGCUCGAGAGGGUCCUAAAAGAGAGUAAAUUCUUCGCAAACGAUACUAGUUCGUUGCUAGAUUACGCUAGUAACAUAGACUUCCAUUUUAUCAACAAAAAAUGCCAACGAUAUUUACACGAGUGCACUAUUAUCAUGAAGAAAGAUCUACACGAUAUGCUCCCCGUAGAAAUCCAAUCGGAGCGAUGUUGCAUAUCGAAAUCUGUUAUAGAAUUGAUGGAAUAUUGUGAACGAAUCCUCGUAGAAGCCUCGCAAGGUUCCUGCAUAUCGGCCGGUCGAUUGUUCACAACCUGCCGGAACAUUGUGAACAAAUACGCAACGUUUGUUCCAGACUAUCACGCUCGAUUGCUCAAAACCAUUCCCCAACAAGUGGCCCUAUUCCACAACAAUUGCUCGUACAUAACCCACAAAUUGCGCGAAUGGAACGAUUCGUAUAUAAAGAAACUGCCUUCUACGUUAGAUGUAUCCAGCAUAGGUUUCCUAUCGGAGAUCGAUACACUCGAACGCACCGGUUCGAGCAUGUUUAACGAAUACGUAGCGAACCAAUCGAAGCAAUUAGUCGAUAUAAUGAAAGACAACGGACUAGACGGGGUGGUGUUAGAGGGCAAUUUGAGCCCCAAAGCGGAGAAAUCCGUGAGGCAGUGUUUGAGGCAACAGGAGCUGCUCAAAACCGUUUGGUACAAGGUACUCGAUAACAAGAUAUACAACGAAACCAUCGGUUCGUUGUUGAACGUGCUGUGCGCGCGUUUGAUCGAGUCCGCCGUGAAUUUCGAGGAUAUCUCAUCGAAGGCGGCCGAGCAAUUGCAGGAAUUGAUCGAGAUGGCGGUGAAUCGCGGGGGGAAGUUGUUCGGGGACGUUGCGGGGGAACCGGUGGUGUACGAGCACGUGCCGUUGUGGGGGAAAUUGAAGGAGUUGGGGUUCGUGCUGGGGGCCGGUUUGAAAGAUAUCGAUGACCGGUGGGCUGAUAGAAAGGGGCCGUUGGGGGUGCAUUUCGAGCCCGUGGAACUCAAGGGGCUCGUCAGGGCGCUGUUUCAGAACACCGAUCGGAGGGCGGCGCUGUUGGCUAAAAUUCAAGAAUAAAUUUGUUUUGUUGUGUUAAUAAAUAGUUGGUUUUUCU